AUGACAAUCUUGACUGCAGAGCGUCUCGUGAAAUUAGCCUACAAAUACCCAGGUCUCUAUACUAAUUGGUAUAUCUUCGCUUCCACGGCACUCACAGUCGUCAAUCAGCCACAAGAAAUUGGGAAGGUGUUUCAUUUUGCUUUGAGACAGCAGCUUCUUGCAGAGUCUUCGUCGACGGAGAAAUCUCUUCUAACCGAUUAUUAUUUGUUGAAACUAGCAGAGGAUUCAAUUGCGUCCGCUGCAAAGUACCAGGAGUUUUCCGACAUUGGGACUAAUCUCCCUGAUAUUUUGGUACCAUACACUUAUUAUGACAAACUCCCGCUCCCAUAUAAGUUCAUAGAAGGAGGUGAUAUACGCGCUGCUCAGAAUGAUAUAGCCAGCAAGAUUAGAGAAGCUAUUUUGAAAAUCGCCCCUAUUUCAGGUCUUCCCAAAUCCAUCAAUGCUCUUACAGCCCUCAAGAAUGUCACUCCCAAUAGUUUAAAGCCAGAACCAAGAUCUCAAAGACCUCAAAUAGUAUAUCCUGGCCACGUUAGCUCAUCUGCCCUCAUUCAGGAGGAUGUGGCUGGUACGAGAUUUGAGGGCGAUACGUCUUCUACUUUUGAUACUAUAGAGGGACCAAUUUCCUUGAGUUCAACCAAUUGCAGAGCUGUGUUGGAAAAUACAGUCAGAGGCUCUGAGUUCUGGAGUGCAAUUUACGGAAAGAUUAAGCAAAGAGUUCGAAAUCAGCUAUACGAUGCUUAUCCAGAUUUGUGGCAGUAUGCAUAUCAUCAUGUUUAUUCCCCGAUAUUGAGUUACACAAAAGUUUUAAAUCCAAAGGAGACAUCUCUCUGUGUGAUUUGUGCAUUAAUACCUCAAGACGUCAACCCUACUUUGAAAGGACAUCUUAAAGGUGCUUUGAACGUUGGUGCACCAAAACUGGAGAUAGAAGAAAUCCGUCUCAUGACGUUUGACAUCUGCGAUUGGAGUGGAAAUAUUGCGUGGAAGGGGGGAAAGGAAAGCGUAGCUAAAUUGUAA